CGGUUAACUAUAAACUUAGUACGGGAACGAUUUUACACAAGAAAAUUAUUUUUUUUUUUUUUUAACAAUUUUAAAUAUUUUGUAAUUUAAAAAAAUGAAACUGAUAAUUUUUGGAAUAUGCUUAACAUUAUUAAUUAAUAAUAUGAGAGCGGCACCAGUUGAUGAUUCAAGUAAUGCACAAAUUGUUAAAUAUGAAAGUGAGAAUAUUGGAAUUGGUGGUUAUAGAUUCGCUUAUGAAACAAGUGAUGGAAUUGCUAGAACUGAAACAGCUGAAUUAAAAAAUGCCGGUACUGAUGAUGAAGUACUUGUUGUACGUGGUACAAUAUCAUGGGUUGGUCCAGAUGGUAUUACAUAUACAAUAGAAUUUGUUGCUGAUGAAAAUGGUUUUCAACCGAGAGGUGAUCAUUUACCAAAAUAAAAUGAUUAUUGAAAACAAAAAAUCGCAUAGGAACGCCAUCUAUAUUUUUAUAUCUAAGUGUAAUAUGAGGCCAGAAUGAAAUGCCAAAAACAAAAAAUUUCUAGGCAUUCUUUACUAUACGUAUGUUUGAUAUUAAGAGUUAAAAAUAAGAAAACAAAAAAUUUUAUUUAAUUUUGUAAAAUUGUUGGCUAUUAAUUUUUUUUUUUGUUUAUUAUAUGAGUUUUGUGAUGAAUUUUUGUUGUAAAUAUGUAUGUAGUUUAUGUUUGUUUUUUUAUAAAAUUUUUUUUUUUUUAAAAAUACAUUUAUA